AAUCUAAAGGCGGGCUCAAUAAAGCUCAUUCCUUUCCAAGGUCAAGAGGAUACAGACAGAAAUUUCUUGUAGGAAUAUAACAAGAACCAUGUAUUCCCACUAUCAAAAUGUUCUUUUAAUACCUAGACGCAGGUUUCAAAGAACAAACAGUUAGCCAAUUUGCCAAGCUAAGUGAGGGCGACUGUCAACGUACGUCUCUGAAAAAUGAUUUGUAGGCUGUGCUAGUUACUUCUAAUAACACAUGUAGUCUAAAGCACUUUCAGUUGAAGCUCUCGUUAUGCGAUAGAUUUUUUGGUUUCAGUUCAUCAUCCUAAGUCGUUUUCAGUAAGUGCUUUGCUAAUUAAUUUUAUGCUUGUAAUUCUAAAAAGUAUAUUUCCAUCUUAGGUCUUUUAGGAAAGUAUUGGUAAUUGACUGUCUAAUAAGAAGAAAGUAACCCAUUAUCAAUUGUUUGUUGUGAUUAUCACCGUCGUGAUUACAAAGAAAGAUGCCAACAGUAGAUAGAGCUUUGGCCUUGUUAAGAAAAUAUCCUCGAGUUUCUCCUCAGAAUAUAUCUGAUCUUCCAGGAAGCAAACCACCCAAGUAUCACGGUUUGAAACGAAUGCGAAGAGGUCUUGGUCAUCGUGGUGCUUCCCAGUUUCAAGCAUUCCCACCCUUGGGAAUUUUGGGUGCAAAGACACCAUUUUAUCUUUCUGUUCCUAAAGAACCUUACAACAUUAACAGCAUGUCUGAAAACAAUCUUCACCGUAUUUCGCUUCUAGAGCUUCAAAGACUGAUAGACCUUAAUCGAAUAAAUCCACUAGAGCCUAUUGACAUUUCCACACUAUGUAACACCAAUCUUUACCGGUUAAAUGUGGAUCAUGAUCGACAAUAUGGUUUCCAUCUAACUGACGAAGGUAUCGAUAACUUUGUUACUCCUGUUAAUAUUGAAGUUCAGUAUGCUAGCGAAGAAGUAAUUGCAGCUGUGGAAAGAGUAGGGGGAAUAAUCUGUAACCGUUAUUAUGAUCUGUAUUCCGUUUGGGUAAAAUCUGACCCUCAAGGAUUCUUCAUGAAAGGCAUUCCGAUCCCAAAAGCUAAAUUGCCUCCUAAUGCGUUGAUUCCAUUCUACGCAAACGCUGAGUCUCGAGGUUAUCUGGCGGACCCUGAGGAAGUGGCGAAAUCUCGAAUUUGGUUGGCUCAAAAGUAUGGUUAUCACCCAUUCGAUUUUAGUUCAUCCUCGGAAUCCACUCAAAAGCUGAUGUCUAUGCGGAAAGAUCCUCGACAAAUAUUUCAUGGACUGGAGCCUGGUUGGCUUGUCAGUAUUCCUGACAAAGCGGUUUUAAAGCCAAAAUCUGAACUCCUUGAUGCCUACCACAAAUCCUGAUUCCCCCAGUAUUUUGUAAAAUGCAUUUUGAAAGUUAUACUGUGGAUAGAUGGAUGUUAAUUAAAAAUAAUAAAUAGUACAUCCAGUUUUA